AUGCCAGGUGAGUCUGGUUGCUCCCGGGAGAAGCGUCGGCAGCUGUCCUUAGAGCGGCGCCAGCGCAGCGACCUCGAGAAAGAGGUUGAGAGCCUGCGCUCGCAAGUUGCACUGCUGAUGCAACGAGGCCCAGGUCCCGGGCUUGCUGCGGCCGCAGCACUGGCUGUCGGGCCGAAGAAGCUCACGCGCUCAGCCCUGACAUCCGUCGCCACUCAGGCCGUGCAGCCUGACGGCGCUGCAGCAGAGGUCCUCCAAUGGAAGCGCUUGGCCUCGAAACGCGAGCAGCAGCUUCAAAGGGAGGAGCGUGAAGAGCAGACAGGAAAGAUUACGCAGGUUGAGUAUUCCAAUGCAGAUGCUCUCGAGGGCUUCCAGAGCAAUCGAAGGACUCGGCAAGCGCUGAUGCGCGACCACUAUGGCAGCUUUCGGUUGGGAGGUGUAGCAGACGCCUCCUAG